AUGUUUAUUUCAUUUCAUCGGUCUGUUGUUACAACAUCUAUUCACACUUGUAAAGAUAUAUGUCAUUUAAAUGUUUAUGUACAUGAAAAUACACCUGUUGAAAAUUUAAAAUGGAAUUUAAUUGACCUAUUAAAACAACAUGUUAAUACAUCAAAUUAUUAUUUUGAACAAUUACAAUUUUCAUUAUCAAUAACAACUAUAGCAAAUUAUUUUGAAUUAUCAUCAUCAAUAUUAUCCUAUAAACAUCAUCAAUUAGAUCGUGAAGAAUUUUGUAAAUUAAAUUUAUGUUCCUAUGAUCAAUAUCAGUGUAAUUUAUCAUUUAGUAUAUUUAGUCAAACAUCGUUUUUCAUUGUAUUUCAAUUAAUUGUUCAAGAUCAAAAUGAUAUUAUACCUAUAUUUGAUCAAUCAAAUAUUGAUAUUGUUAUUAGAGAAAAUUUACAACCAUUUUAUCACUAUCAAUUACCAAUAGCUCGUGAUCUUGAUUCAAAUAUGUACAAUAUUGAUAAAUAUUCAUUUGUUAAUAAUGAAUUUAGUUAUAUAUUUGAAUUAGUUUAUAUCAAUCGUGAAUUAAAUUUAAAAGUAUUGAAAACACUUGAUUGUGAACAACGUUCAUCUUAUAAAUUAACAAUUAUUGCUCAAGAUAAAGGAGGACAAAAAUCAAAUAUAUUAUUGUGUAAUGUGACUGUUGGUGAUUUUAAUGAAUUUCAACCAAAAUUUGAAAAAAAUUCAUACACUAAAUAUAUAAAUGAAAAUUUUCUCGUUAAUGAUACAGUAAUUACAGUUAGUGCUACAGAUGCCGAUUGUUAUGAUAAAACCAUUGUCUAUUCACUACUAUCAGAUUCUAGUACUACAUUACCAUUUCAAAUCAAUUCAAAAACAGGUGAAACUCUGUUAAAAUAUCCAUUAGAUUAUGAACAACAAUCAAUAUAUCGUUUUCGAGUUAAAGCAGCAAAUGAAGAUGGAAUAACAAAUAGUAUUGUGCCUAUAACAAUACACGUACUAGACGUCAAUGAUAAUGAACCACAAAUUUAUACAAAUAUAUUAGCUGAUUAUAAAACAAAUAAUAGAAGAGAAAAUGAUAAAGAUAAUUUCGAAUCACUUAUUGUUAAUGAUAAUAUUAGUGUUGAUCAAGUCAUUGGAACAAUUUUGGUUAAAGAUGAUGAUAGUACAAAGAUAAAUAAACAAUUGACUGUUAAUAUUUUAUCGUGUUCACUAUCAAUAACAAAUUGUCCAUUGGUAUUAGAUCGUGAUAGUAUGACCAUACGUAUUGCAAAGACACUGGAUACAGAACAAGAAGAUACAUACAGAAUCGUAUUAGAAGCACAUGAUCAUGGUAUACCACCAUUAUCGAGUCAACGUCAUCUAUUACUUUACAUACGUCAACGACCUCGUUUUAGUCAAAAAGAAUAUAAUUUUCGUUUAUCUACUUUAUCUUUACCGGGAACGAUAAUUGGGCAAGUUGAAGCACAUUCAACAGAAUCAAGACUAACGCAUUACACUAUAAUAUCAGUCACUAAUUUGGUGGAUAUUGAUUCAGCCAACGGUACCAUAUAUUUAAAAGAAUUUAUUCAGAAUGAACAUGUUCUAAAUUUGACUGUUCAAGCAACAAAUACACAAAAUCGAGUAUUAUUUGAUCAAACCAUUGUUCUAAUACACAUGUACCAUUAUCACAAUUGUUCACCAGUAUUUCAACGUUUAUCUUAUAAUUUUAAUGCAUCUGAACUUCGUGCACCACCAUUUGAAAUUGGUCAAGUCCAAGCAACAGAUUGUAUAUCAAAUAAUACAUCAUCAAUCACCUAUACAUUUGUUGAAACAGAUUUAGUACCAUUUCGAAUAAAUCAUGAUAAUGGAAUAUUAACAGUAACCCACGAGUUAGAUCGUGAAACAAUCGAUAAAUAUGAUCUUCAUAUAAUGGCUAUUAAUGAAAACCGUCAAACAAGUAAAGUACGAGUAAUAGUUCAUGUAACUGAUAAAAAUGAUCAUAUACCAACAUUUAUUGAUAAUGAUACAGAACGUUAUAUUUAUGUGAGUUCAAUUCAAAUUUUUACCUCAUCAUCAUCAACAUCACUUAUACGUCGCCAUAAUAAUGAUAUUGACAGUUCACUAAUAACAGAAUACGUUGCUACCGUUAACGCUAUCGAUAUGGAUGAUGGUCCAAAUGGAAAAAUAAACUAUUAUUUUUCAAAUAACGAUGCUUACCAUCACUUUCAUUUAUAUAAUAAUGGUUCAAUAUAUUUGUAUAACAGAAAACAUCUUAAUGUACCUUAUCGUUUAGAAAUUUAUGCCAAAGACAAUGGUCAACCAGCACUAACAUCAAAAAAUUCUAUUGUAUUUUAUGUAUGUGAUGUUAAUCGAAAAUACGAAUGUAACGAACAUUAUCAAGAUGAAAAAUUAAUUAGCACUUUAUUAUUAGAUCAACCAUCAAAAACAAAUUAUUAUUUGGGUUCAUUGUUUAUUAUGAUAGCAAUUAUUUGUUUUGUAUUUAUCGUUAUUUCAUGUAUAACAUAUCAUAUAUUUCUCAAAGUUAAAUAUUCAACGAAAAGUAAUGGACAAUCAUAUAAUUGUCGAGUCGAAGCGAAGAAAAACCUUAUUGUAUCAGAUAGCGAAUAUGAUAACCAAACAACAACGAACGGACAUUUGAAAUCUGUUAGUGUAUAA